UGUAGCUGUGCCGGUGCGCAAGCGCAGUCCGCUCGGGCCUGGCGCUCUGGCCCACCCGCGGAGGUCGCCGUGGUCACCUGUGAGGCCUGCUCGUCCGCUCCACCGUGGGACCUGGGGUUACUGGGGUCCGCCUCGGCCGGGUAGGGUCGGAGACUGAGGAGAACCUGACCCGAACCCACCGAGCUCGCGGGGAGCCUCCGAGGCCUUCGAAGGCGGUGCUGGGAGUCGAGGACACUGGUGUGGUCUGGACCCACUGAUGCAUGGUGGCCAGAGCAGGGGCCACAACUUGAGUGACACACACAGGAUCUGAUGCUCUGAAGACCACAAGAUCCAGGGACAAAGAUGUGAAAACAAGGCAGUGGCUCAGAAAGCAGCGAUGGAAGGACUCUUGACCGUGGCCACCCCCCAGGGCCCCGAGGUGGGGGAAACCCGGGAACAAGAGGGUCGGUUCAAGGACCGGCAGGAGAACCAGAAAAGCUGUUUGAAGCAAGAGGCCACGGCCUCCGGGGAAGAGCCCGCCAAGGACGGUGUGCAGGAGCGGGGCGAGCUCGGCGGGGUGCCGGGAACCGGCCGGAGCCCUCCCCUGCCCCAAGCCGGCGCCCGACCCCGGAGGCGCGGCGCGCCCAGGAAGAACCCGAAGCAGAAGAGGGCGGGCUCCGGCGAGGAGGAGCGAGGAGGGGGCGGCCCCCGGAAGCCGUGGACGUGCGGGGACUGCGGCAAGGCCUUCAGCUACUGCUCGGCCUUCACCCUGCACCAGAGAACCCACACCGGCGAGAGGCCGUUCGCGUGCGCCGAUUGCGGCAAGGCCUUCAGCCAGAGCGUCCACCUGACGCUCCACCGGCGCACGCACACGGGCGAGCGGCCGUACGCGUGCCCCGAGUGCGGCAAGGCCUUCAGCCAGGGCUCCUACCUGGCGUCGCACUGGCGCACGCACACGGGCGAGCGGCCGCACCGCUGCGCCGACUGCGGCAAGGCCUUCGCGCGCCCCACGCACCUGGCGCAGCACCGGCGCGUGCACACGGGCGAGCGGCCGUACGCGUGCGGCCAGUGCGCCAAGGCCUUCCGCAACCGCUCGUCCCUGCUGGAGCACCAGCGCGUGCACACGGGCGAGAAGCCGUACGCGUGCGCGCGCUGCCAGAAGGCCUUCCGCUUCUCCUCGGCGCUCAUCCGCCACCGGCGCACGCACACGGCCGAGCGGCCGUACGCCUGCGGCCAGUGCGCCAAGGCCUUCACGCAGCUCGCGCACCUGGCGCAGCAUCGGCGCGUGCACACGGGCGAGAAGCCGUACGCGUGCCCCGAGUGCGGCGCGCCCUUCAGCCAGAGCGCCUCGCUGGCCGAGCACCGGCGCAUCCACACGGGCGAGAAGCCGUACGCGUGCGCGCAGUGCGGCAAGGCCUUCACGCAGGUGUCGCACCUGGCGCAGCACCGGCGCGUGCACACGGGUGAGCGGCCGUACGCGUGCGCCGACUGCGGCCGCGCCUUCAGCAACCGCUCGCACCUGGCGCAGCACCGCCUGGUGCAUACGGGCGCGCGGCCCUACCGGUGCCCGGAGUGCGGGGCGGCCUUCGGCCACGUGUCGUCCCUCAUCGAGCACCAGAAGAUCCACACGGGCGAGAAGCCCUACCGCUGCGGGGACUGCGGCAAGGCCUUCAGCCAGGGCUCGUCGCUGACGCUGCACCGGCGCACGCACACGGGCGAGCGGCCCUACGCGUGCCCCGAGUGCGGCAAGGCUUUCAGCAACCGCUCCUACCUCAUCCAGCACCACAUCGUGCACACGGGCGAGAAGCCCUACGAGUGCGGCGGCUGCGGCAAGGCCUUCAGCUUCUCCUCCGCGCUCAUUCGGCACCAGCGGACGCACGCCGACGGGAGGCCCUGCCCGCGCGUCCGCUGCGGCCACACCGCCACCCCGCUGCCGCACCUGACGGGGCCCCCGGGCUCCCCCCGGGAGGAGGAGCCAGGCAGCGGCAGCGACCCCACACAGAGUGCCACAGACCGGCAGAAGGACGAGCUGAUGCCUAACGGGGACCUCUGACCAGGCACCGCGCCCGGCACUGUUCCACCCCGCUUCCGACCGCUCGGCACCAAGGGGAGGCACCUUCUCCUCCCCGAGUCGUCCGUGAGAAAACCGAGGCUCAGGGAGGCCCGGGAACUUGCCCAAGGUCACACAGGGAGGAGGUCACAGAGCCGGGACUGCUUCUCCCCCCAACACACACACUCUGCCUCACACCGCAUCUGCCGGACUGCUCCUCCCCCCAACACACACACUCUGCCUCCUGGUUCGGAACUAUAAAUGUGACCCACGAAAGUAGACCCAAAGAAGUGUCUGUGCGUCUCUGGCUAGCCUUUGAAUGGUCGAAGAUUUGAUGAUCACGUAGGCAUUUGUUCAAUAAAUUUAAUUGGAUAAAAGGUUCGGCUCCUUUCAAGUUGCCAUAUUGACUACGGGAGCGGGGUCUGAAGAAGUAUGGAUCCCUAGGACUGAAACAGUGGUUCCAAAAUUAGAACGAGCCAGAGACAUCCAGAGAAGGAAAAGCUCUAGAAGAGACUUGCCUCUCCCCUGACAGACCUGCAAAGGGUGGUGAUACAGGCGCCGAAGACCAGGAGAAUCACCUGCGGAGAGCAUGAGCGAGAAAGGGAGACACAGAAUCCGAAGCAGGCUCCAGGGUCUGAGCUGUCAGCACAGAGCCCGAUGUGGGGCUUGAAUCCACGAACCAUGAGAUCAUGACCUGAGCCAAAGUUGGACACCUAACCAACUGAGCCACCCAGGUGCCCCCAGUCUCAGCUUCUAAGGGGAAGAAUGUCUAUUAGGAUAUAUGGCAACUUUUAAAAAACAUAAAAACCAUUUUGCUGAAGUACAAUAUGCAAAGAGAAAAGUGCACACAUUCUAAUGGUACAGCCUGAUGAAUCCUCGGAAGGUGAGUGGCCCAUGUCACCAGCUCCCAGAACAAGAAGCACAUCAUCCUCUGUGCCCCAAAGUCCUCCCCUCUCAUACUCCCUCCCUCCUUCACCUAACCCCUCUCAAAGCUAACACUAUUUCGACUUCUGAUGGCGUAGACAAGUUCUGUCAGUACAGCAACUUUUACCCACUAGGAGUUAUUUCUGGGGUUUGGGCAUUUCUCCCUUAACCUCACACACUUAGAUGAGGUUUGCAUUUGUGACAAAUGCUUGUAUUUUACAGGACAGAGUGAUGGGACCAUUUUCUCCUCCCUACUUUCCUGUGGGGCCACAGAGGGGGAACUUCUGCCCUCUUGGAAAUGUCAGGAAAGUAACUCUUCUCCUUCCUUCCCCUCCUUCACUCACUCCCCAUAUGAGAGGUGGAGUGACAUCUGAUUCGUGGGAUGGACACAGGCCCUUAUUCCUUAUCCCUAGUCUUCCCUUGGGGGAGGACCAAGUCCCAGACAGGUAGAGUACUUUAAAAUGGUCAAGAGACAUACUGGAUUCAAAUCCCAGCUCCAUCAUUUACAAGCUGGGCGACCUAGGGAAAGUUGCUUAACUUCUCUGUGCCUUAGUUUCCCCAUAUUUAAAACGGGACCAUAAUAGAUUCUCUCUCAAGGAACCGUUAAAAGGUUAUCAAACAAAGGGCACCCGGGUGGCUCAGUCGGUUAAGCAUCUGACUUCAGCUCAGGUCAUGAUCUCAUGGUUCAUGGGUUCAAGCCCCACGUCGGGCUCUGUGCUGACCGCUCUGAGCCUGGAGCAUCUUCAGAUUCUGUGUCUCCCUUUCUCUCUGCCCCUCCCAUGCUCAAGCUCUGUCUUGCUUUCUCAAAAAUGAAUAAACGUUAAAAAAUAAAACAUUAUCAAAUAAACUGAGGAAGCUGCAUGGGGAGGGCUAUGGAGCCUGGCUAGUGUUAUUAUUAUUAAUGGUCUGUGGUCCCACAUGGCCUGAUCCUCUUUGUUUUUGGGGGGAGGGGGCCACCCACAGGAGGGAGACGGUGUCCAUGCAGGACCCACAGCCUGCCAAUGAGAGGUGCCCCCCAGCAUAAUGCUCCAUCAGUGCAGGUAAACGGGUCACGGCUCGGUGAAUGAAUGAAUGAACAAACGAAUGAAUGUUAUUGCAGAGGCCUCUAGGCACCUCCCCUGCUCUUACAGUGCCCUCUGAGAGUUUCCUUAUCUUAAGGGAGAGGAGCCAUUCUAACUACCUCACAGGGCUCGUGACUUAAUAUCGAGAGAGAGUGAAGGUUGGUGAAUAAAUGAAUUACUAAUGAGAAGCACUAAGAAUUAAGUCAGGCUCACAACGCAACAAGGUGAAUCAUUCUCACCCGUUUUGUUUCCUGCCUGGAGGUUCCUGCCUGGCUCCCACACCUAUCCCUCCACCUCAUCCAACCCCCUUCCUUCCACAUGGGCUACCAGCGAGACUUCUGUGUAUCUGCAAGUCCCUUGAAUGGCUCCCCACUGCCUGUAAGGCUCACCCAACCCCCGUGGCAUGGAGCCUGGCAGCAAGAGGGCUCCUGUUAAAACCUAAGCUGGAACAGUUCCCUCCUGUGUCCAGAGCUCUCCUAUAGCUCUCGCUGCACUCAGAGUAAAAACCAAAUAUAAUUCUUACCAUGGUCGACAGACACUGCAUCAUCCGUCACCUCUAGGGCCUUGUGUCCUCCUACUCUCCCACUCUUCUCCGGCCAACUGACCCCUACUGCUGUUCCGCACACGUGCCAGGCACACUCCUACACCAGGGCCUUUGCACUUGCUGUGCCCCUCGGCCUAGAACCUCUUCCCAAUGGACACCUGCCAGUCUCACUCUCCCACCUCCUUCGUGCCUUUACUCCGGUAUCUCCCUCUCAGUGGGGACUUCCCUGGACACCUUUCCUAAAAUGGCAACUCCUACCCCACUCCAUACUCUUGAACCCCCUUCCUGCCUUAUUUUUCUUGGUAGCACUUAUUACCACCCAGCACGAUUUGUAAUUUAGCCACUGAUUUUGCUUAUUGUCUGUCUACCUCAGUGACUGUAAGUCCAAUGAAGGGAGGUGCCAUUUCUAUCCGAUCCACUGUUGUGCCUCAGUGUCUUGAACACUGCCUGGCACAUAGUGUGUGCUCAAUAAACAGCUGUGGAAUGAAUGAUCUCAUUCCAGGCAGAUUUUCACCCACAUCCCCCACUGCUCUCCCCUCAAGUCCAAUACCCCUCACCCCCCGCCCAACUAUGCCACGCUACAUCAUGCCUCUGUGCCUUUGCAAAUGCUGUUCCCUCUGCCUGGUCGGAGGAAAAUCUGUUUCCUUCCCUGCUCUAUAAAUUCUUACCCCUAAAACCCGAGGUCUGUUUCCCUAUCUCCAGAAUAUUCUAGAAUAAGCCUCUAGGCCCACAUCGUUAACUUCUUCCUUUGAGCCGUUCCACUGUAGCCAGUAUUUGUUUCUGCACUUUCAUGGUUUCCUCCCUCCCCUCAGUGUGAGUCCGUAAAUCGCUUUCCUGGCUUAAACCAAUCUCAGUUGGAUUUCUGACAGAUGAUUGGGAGAUGGGACCCUCGUGUUGCUGAGAAUGGUUAUAUGAUUUUCCUAAUGCAUAAAAUAAAUGAAUAAAUAAAAGAACCACUGUUAAUAUUUAACAUAUUGAUGUCUUAUGUUCCCCAAAGAAAACAUUAGGUGUUUCAAUGAAGGAAUGUGCUUGAUAAAUCUGCUUGGUUUCACGCAUAUUAUUGGGAUUAAAACCCAGGGAGUGGUUAGUGGAUGGACGGGUAUACGGACGGAGGGAUGGCUGAGUGGAUCGGUGAGUGGACAAGCGGAUGGGCAGAG